UGACACCAACAACGACACCACCAACAACAAAGACAACAAAAAUACCACCAACAACUAAAGCAACAACACCACCAAUGACGAUGACGGCAUCUAUACCUUCGUCAACUGAGUUGAGCUCAUCAACCACAUCAUCUCAAACUGAGAUCAUCACUACGGCCAUUUCUGCAUCUUCAUCACCACCAUCAUCGUCCACAGCAACAUCAAACGCCACGGAUACGAACGUCACCCACACAACCGUUCAAGUAACCAACUCCACCGACCAAUCGACAACCACCGAUACCGACACCAGCAGCAGCUUCUCUACCCCCACUGCUGGUUCCACAACCAGUAAAAAGGCCUCAGAACCACCAACGUCCACYGAAGCCCCGACCACCAGGCCUGAUGCUGCCUCUUCCGGCAGCCCUACGUCCACCGAAGCCCCCGGCAGCAGUCCGCCGCCGGAUCAGGAGGAGCAGCAGUCAAAGGCGCUGAGCCCAGGAAGCGUCGUCGUUAUCGUGGCUGUUUUCCUGCUGCUGGUUCUGCUGGUGCUGGGAGGAUUGUACCAGCACAAGAUCAGACGGACGUCGUACGGCCCCCUGCUGGACAGCCAUGAACACGGCUCUUUGGGAAACUUCACCAACCCCAUGUACGACCCCUGAUGACCCCUGAUGACCCCUCACACAUCUACAAUCCUGCACUCUGAGCCGUUUGUAAACGUCUCUGCUUUAGAAACACUGGCUAAAUGGUGUUUUUUGUGUGUUUUUGGAGUUCAGAACAACAUUUUUAAUGUUUUUUGCACUGAAAGUUGAAGUAGGAAUUUAUUAAAAGGCCAAAAAUAACAUAAAAAAACAACAAUUUAACUAUUUUUAGCAGGGAAUUUAUAUUGUUUUUACAUAAAUAUUGUCAAUUUUCCUUGCAGCUACAUGAGUUACUUUAAAUAAAACUGAGAUAAAAAGAAACAAACUAAAAAACUAAUUAGUUAAAUUCAGUUUUUAGUGACAGUAUUUAUUAUUCAACAAAUUGUGUUUAACAAUGGUGAAUGUUUUACAAUCAAACUAAGAAUUUCUGUUUCAUAUAUUAUUAUUUGCAUUGUUGUGAAAAAUUAAAUAGACAAAUUCAUGUUUAAGUUAAUUAUAAUUCUGUGUUUCUGUUUAUUU